AUUCCAUUCGCGCAUUUCUUCUCCUUGCGUUCUGUCAAUGCGUACUUGCUUUUGCAUGUAAUUAAUAAAAUACAUAAUUUUACAAUUUAAUUACAAUAAAUUCGAUAUUUUGUAACCGAAAGUGUUAAAUGAAAAUCCAAUCAAGCUACUUAAAUAGAUUAGACCCCAGUUCAUUUAUGAAUCGUACAGUUUUUUCGCUUGCAAGUGGAAGAAAGUUGUAAAAUUGAGACUCCCUGUCCCUAUCACAAAGCGUGUGGUGAGAAUUUUUUGAGAAAUACAUUAUUUUUUGAGGGAUUCUGUCGUCGACCAUCGACGUCGGUAUAUCUGUGCUCUUCUGUUAAUAAUUGACUCGGGUGGCAUUAUCUGACGACAUUCAAGUGUGAAAAGGAAAGGAAGCGUCCGUUCCGUGGUCUUCGCCGCUUUUGUGGUGAACUAUUGAUGAACAAAAUUUUCACAAAUCCAUAAAACCAAAAGCAUAAAACGAAGAAAUCCAAAUCGAAAUCAUUCUCCCGCUCGUGGAAUAUAUUUUCGACGACGACGACGGCGAAACAAUGGGAGCCUAUUUAUCCGAACCAAAGGUGGACAAGAUCUCCACGGAUGAAAUGAGUGACUUCCUUUCGGUUGGCGCUAGCUCCAUGCAAGGAUGGCGGAACAGUCAAGAGGAUGCACACAACUCGAUACUUGACUUUGACAAGAAUACGUCGUUCUUUGCGGUGUAUGACGGGCACGGGGGUGCGGAAGUUGCGGCUCAUUGCGCUGAUAAACUUCCGGAGUUCCUGAAGAAUCUCGAAGCGUACAAGAACGGUGACUUUGAAGUGGCUCUGAAAAACGCAUUCCUCGGUUUCGAUGCAACCCUUUUGGAAGCCGAUGUCAUUCAGAUAUUAAAGAUCUUGGCUGGAGAACGCAAUGUUGAAUUGGACGAUAGUGAAGCAGCCGAAGACGACGACGCUGAGGUCGAAAAUCUGGCUGAAUUGCGGGAAGAGGGCAAUUUGCCCCUUGACGCUGUACUUGAAAAGUAUAAAGGCGUCGUAGCACCUGCGGCGGCGGCGGCGGCCGUAGCUCCAUCUAUGCCCAGCAUUAAGAAACUCAUCGACGGACCAAGUGGUUCUAAGCCACAGUCGCCAUAUUUGCGAGGAAGAAGACGCCAAGAGAAUGAUGAAUCUGCUUCUUGCUCCUCAAAACUCAGUGAGGAAGAAACACCCGAAACCACAACAGUGCAGAAUUCCAAAAUGGAAACGGAUGAUGAUUCUACAGUUAGCAGCAGUUCUAAUCAGAUUAAAGAAACUACCGACAAAAAAUCACCCAUUACCGCUAACGGAUCGACUGUAACCUGCAGUCCAGACAGCAGUGUGAAAGUGGCUGUCAAAGAGUCUGUUCAAAAUGGCAGCGUAACUUCGGGCAAAUCAGUAGCCUCAGAGGGUGUCUCCUCUUCUGACGCAGCAGCAUCGAACGAAGCUUCACCUGUUGCAUCCAGUAUUAAGCAACAAAACGGAGAAGUAUCAUCGCCUUCGCAAGCUUGUGAUGCUGCUCCGGCCACAUCCAGCGAUAAGUGCUCCGGAAUUGCCCUUAUUCGUGCAGCAAAAAAAAUUGCUAAAUCCGGCAUAUCCUCUACGGACAUGGAUGAUGACAGCUCCUGCGAUAGCGAUGCAGAUUUUCAAGCUGAAGAAAACUCUAGCACUGAUGAAGAUGCACGAGGAGUUGGUUUUGGUUCUGAUGAUGACGAUGACGAGGAAGAAGACGAGGACGAGGAGGAAGAAGAAGACGAGGACGAUGAAGAAGACGCCCGGGCAAAUGAGAACUUUUGCGCGAAUAUGAUCGAAGAGCCCGGCAAAGACAGCGGAUGUACCGCUGUAGUUGCAUUGCUUCACGGCCGCGACUUAUAUGUUGCUAAUGCUGGAGACUCUCGCUGCGUGGUCUGCCGCAACGGAAAAGCCAUAGAAAUGAGCUUAGACCACAAACCAGAAGACGAGUUAGAGAGCAAUCGUAUCACGAAGGCCGGUGGGAGAGUAACCCUCGACGGAAGAGUCAACGGAGGAUUAAAUCUGUCGCGUGCUAUCGGCGACCAUGCGUAUAAGAUGAAUUCUGAACUUUCGGCCGAGGAACAAAUGAUCUCAGCAUUACCAGACGUCAAAAAGCUGAUCAUAGAUAAAGACGAUGAAUUUAUGGUCCUCGCUUGUGAUGGUAUCUGGAACUUUAUGUCUAGCGAGGAGGUAGUGCAGUUUGUGCGUGUGAGACUUCAAGAUGCAAACAAGAAGGUUUCAGAAGUCUGCGAAGAGCUCUUUGAUAAAUGUCUUGCCCCAAACACUUUGGGCGAUGGAACUGGGUGUGAUAAUAUGACCGCCGUUAUUGUUCGCUUCAAGGAUGCCCUCUUUAACAUGCCUACAAAACUCAAGGAGGAGGAAACAGAGCCAGUUCUUUUGGCCAAGCAGAUUGCCGAAGCAGAUGCAGCCGAUGCAAGUCUCCUGCAAUCAUUGAAACGUUCUGCCUCCCCAUCAUCAGCUAACAACAGCGAUGGAGCCGAGAACUCAAAUAAACGCUUGAAGACUGACGAAGACGCUGCAUCUUCAAAUGUUGCAGAAUGCGAUAGUGGAACAUCGUCAUCGACAUCUUCAUCCACUUCCUCAGCGGCAACAUCAUCGACCGCAGCAGCGUCAACCACAAGCUCCACUUCUUCAAAAACGUAAACACAAACAAUUCACAAAUCGAGAAGAAGACGCAUUUUGUCGAUGCAACUGGGAGGACAAAAAUAAAACAAAACAGAAAAAUUAAACAAAAAAAUAAAAAUUGUAUGUAACUUUGCUAAGCGUAGUUUGGUAUCUCCGUGUUUCUCACAACUUAUAUAUCAACGUUUCCAUAAAGGAAACGCUAUUUCUUUUUUGUUAAUUACAAUAAGCAGUUAAACAUAUGUGAAACAAUGUUCCCUUGUGUACUUAGUUUUGGUUCUUUUCCUUAUCAUUUUUUUGUUGUAUAAGUUUUCUUUUUAUGUAAUUCCAAACAUUAAGAUGUCAGAAAAUCAAAAAUCUAAAUCAUUCCUUUCAUUUUUAUGCAAAUGCAAAGGUGAAUGUUUUUAAAUUUUGUUUUUUAAAAGACAAGUUGACAUUAUUAAUCGAUAAAAAAGAGAAACCUUUUAGAAGAUAUCAAUAAAUUUAAAUACAUUAUAUUUAAAUACAAAUAA